UGAUAAUUAUCGACCACCAAAUCCUGAAACACGAAUGCCAGCCAGAGACCACCGGCUAUCGAUAGAGAAGAGAAACCAUCCAUUUAACCCCGAUGUUGACCCGUGCCCAAGAUGCAGAAAGACCGGCCACAUACUGCGAAAUUGCCCUCAACCUGAUCAGCGUACUUGCUUCAAAUGUGGCAAGCAGGGCCACAUUGCCACGCGGUGCAGCUCUCAGACUACGAGACCUACAAACUUAGAACUCGACUCCGGUAUCAAAGAAAUCAAGAUGGUGCAAAACUACAACAAUGCAUACAAAAAGGUGGCUAAAGUUAACGGUGCUUACGUCAAAGCGUAUUUGGAUACAGGAAGUCAAGUAAAUGUCCUUUCCAUACAAGUGUCGCGAUUGUUGGACCUUAAAGUUAUUCCAACGGACGUAACACUGAAAGGGUUCUCCGGAGGUAUGAUUACCAGUCGUGGGGUAGUUGAAUUCCUGUUAGAAAUCGAUGGAAUACAAACCCGUUGUAAGGCUCACCUUACCGACACCAACAUGGAUGGCAUUAACCUACUCAUUGGCCAACCAGUCAUUAAUGCCGAAGGAAUAACGAUGGUUGUCUGCAACGGUACAGUAACACUUAAGGAAGAUACUGACUUUUUGAAGCAAAUGGAUGUUUCUGAAGACUGUUCGAGAUUUGAAGUAGUCACCGCUAGCGAAGAAUGUCUACCGCCUGGCACUUCCAUAAUCAAGGUUAACGUGCUUGGUAAUACAGACAACAACGAUGUCAUCACGAAGCCUCGCCACUUCGAAUUACAAGACGUUUCUUAUUCGUUGCCGGCGACCCUCCUCCGUGGUGGUACGGGAUACAUCAAGGUCGUCAACACUGGAGCGGAGGAGAUCAAGUGGCAGCCAGGCGAGGUGCUUGCGAGAGCUGAUACUUGCGAGGCGCCACCACCAUCAGAUGCUCAGGAUGGCCGACUGUAACGGCCAAUCACAGCGAGCCUGCCAGCGCCAGCCAAUGGGAAGCGUUCCCGCCAAUGCCAGCCAAUGCCAAGCCUCUCCCCACCCAACCACGUGCCAUGCCUGUCAGCCGAGCGAACUUUUGGUGGGGGGC